AUGGGCGGCUGCUUCUCCAAGCCCAAGCCAGACUACAUCAGCGAGCACCUUGGGGCCUUCAGGAAGGAGGUAGAGGAUGAAAACAGGCUGGCUCAGCUGUCCUCUGGGCCCCUGCCAGGCUGUUCCUCUGACACAACAGCACACCACCCGUGUGCUGGUGGGCCCUUCCUGCCCUGCGGGAAUCAGGGGGCCACCUUCAGCCCUGCCCCCCGCCACGUGCCGAGUAGGCCCCGCUGCAGGGCGCUGGACGCCGGGGCCACUGCACGCACCGCCCGGGGGGGCUUCAGCCCCCAGACCCCUGCGCCCAGCGCCUGGAAACACCCGGAAAUCAAUCCACGCUGGCCCAGGCCCCCCCGCCCUCUUGCCGGUGGUGCAGGCGUCCUUCUGGAGGCGCGAGGCCCGGGGAGAACCGGCGCUCGUGGGGUGGGCUGGGCUGGGGGCUCACCACCACCCCGCCCUCCCGCAGUGGAGCUCAAGAUCGAGGUGGUGCUGCCCGAGAAGGACCGGGGCAAGGAGGAGCUGUCCGCCGGCGGGAAGGGCAGCCCCCGGGCCUACCAGGGCAACGGCACGGCCCGCCACUUCCACUCGGAGGAGCGCCUGCCCGCCCCCCACCCCUACCCCGGCGCCCAGGACUGCGUGGAGGCCGCCGUCUGCCACGUCAAGGACCUGGAGAACGGCCAGAUGCGGGAGGUGGAGCUGGGCUGGGGGAAGGUGUUGCUGGUGAAGGACAACGGGGAGUUCCACGCCCUGGGCCACAAGUGUCCGCACUACGGUGCACCCCUGGUGAAAGGAGUGCUGUCCCGUGGCCGGGUGCGCUGCCCCUGGCACGGCGCCUGCUUCAACAUCAGCACCGGAGACCUGGAGGACUUCCCUGGCCUGGACAGUCUGCACAAGUUCCAGGUGAAGAUCGAGAAGGAGAAGGUGUAUGUCCGGGCGAGCAAGCAGGCCUUGCAGCUACAGCGAAGGACCAAGGUGAUGGCCACGUGCAUCUCUCCAAGUGCUGGCCACAGCAGCAGCACCAACGUGCUCAUCGUGGGCGCAGGGGCAGCCGGAUUGGUGUGCGCAGAGACGCUGCGGCAGGAGGGCUUCUCGGACAGGAUCGUCCUGUGCACGCUGGACCGGCACCUUCCCUACGACCGGCCCAAGCUCAGCAAGUCACUGGACACACAGCCGGAGCAGCUGGCGCUGAGGCCCAAGGAGUUCUUCCGAGCCCACGGCAUCGAGGUGCUCACCGAGGCGCAGGUGGUCACCGUGGAUGUGAGGAACAAGAGGGCCGUGUUCAAGGAUGGCUUCAAGCUGGAGUACAGCAAGCUGCUGCUGGCUCCCGGAAGCAGCCCUAAGACCCUGAGCUGCAAAGGCAAAGACGCGGAGAAUGUGUUCACCAUCCGGACGCCCGAGGACGCCAACCGCGCGGCGAGGCUGGCCUGGGGCCGCAACGCCGUGGUCGUGGGAGCCGGCUUCCUGGGGAUGGAGGUGGCCGCCUACCUGACCGAGAAGGCCCACUCGGUGUCCGUGGUGGAGCUGGAGGAGACGCCCUUCAGAAGGUUCCUGGGGGAGCGUGUCGGACGAGCCCUCAUGAAGAUGUUUGAGAGCAACCGGGUCAAGUUCUACAUGCAGACAGAGGUGUCAGAGCUGCGGGUCCAGGAGGGAAAGCUAAAGGAGGUCGUGCUGAAGAGCAGCAAGGUCGUGCGGGCUGACGUCUGCGUGGUGGGCAUUGGCGCAGUGCCCGCCACGGGUUUCCUGAGGCAGAGUGGCAUCGGUCUGGAUUCCCGAGGCUUCAUCCCUGUCAACAAGAUGAUGCAGACCAACGUGCCGGGCGUGUUCGCAGCUGGAGACGCCGUCACCUUCCCCCUGGCCGGGAGGAACAACCGGAAGGCGAGCGUCCCACACUGGCAGAUGGCUCACGCUCAGGGGCGCGUGGCGGCCCAGAACAUGCUGGCGCAGGAGGCGGAGAUCAGCACGGUGCCCUACCUGUGGACCUCCAUGUUCGGCAAGAGCCUGCGCUACGCAGGGUACGGAGACGGCUUCGACGACGUCAUCAUCCAGGGGGAUCUGGACGAGCUGAAGUUCGUGGCUUUUUACACCAAAGGCGACGAGGUGAUCUCCGUGGCCAGCAUGAACUGCGAUCCCAUCGUGUCUAAGGUGGCCGAGGUGCUGGCCUCUGGCCGCACCAUCCGGAAGCGGGAGGUGGAGACCGGCGACAUGUCUUGGCUCACAGGGAAAGGAUCCUGAGCUUGCAGGCUGCGGACUCGGGCGGGCACGCUGGGGCACCAGGGACAGAGGCCAAGCCCCGGGGAGGGGGGUGGUGCCCACCUCCAGUUCCCCAGGACCCCCCAGGGCAGAACCUGAGCCCUCCCAGUGCUUGCCUUCGCCUGCCCGGCUCACCUCCCGGGGGCCUCGACGGCUUCC